GCCCGAGAAAGGAAGUGACUUGACCGAGGUCACGCAGCAGGGGUUGCGGUCGCGGGGAGGAGAUGGAAUCAAGCCCGACCGAGGACGGGGAAACUGUGUUGGCUUCAGGGAGGGAACCUAAGGUCACAUAGCUUCCCGGGGAGGUCUGAAACCAGGCAGCCCGGUGCCAGCCAGCCAUCCCUGUGCCGCCCGGACAACCACCCAGCCAACCCUGUGCCAACCGGACCACCGCCCAACCAGCCUUGGUGUCACCCGGCCAAUCAGCCAGCCCGCCCUGUGCCACGUCGGCUGCUGUCCAGUGCCCACGAUCGGGAUGAGCGUCCCUCAGAGUGAAGUGCUGCAGAAUGGGGUCCCCGAGUUGGUGCAGGAGUGCCUGCAAGUCUAUGACCUGUCUGAGGAGCAGCUCCGGGUAAUCCAGGCCCGCAUCCUGAAGGACAUGGAGCAUGGGCUGAGCCAGGGCCAGACCAAGAGCACCUCCUCCAUCCAGAUGCUACCCACCUACGUGCGCUCCACCCCGCAUGGCACCGAGAAAGGUGACUUCCUCGUGCUGGAGCUGGGGGGCACCGAUGCCACUCUGCGCGUGCUGUGGGUGACGCUCACCGGUGAUGCCCACCGUAAGGUGGAACCAAAGAGCCAGGUGUUCUCCAUCCCCUCGGACGUCAUGUUGGGCUCGGGCCUGCAGCUCUUCGACUUUGUGGCCAAAUGCCUCACCAACUUCCUGGAUCAGCAGCAGGUCAGGGGAGACAAACAGCCCAUCAAACUGGGCUUCAGCUUCUCCUUCCCCUGUCACCAGACCGGCCUGGAUCGGAGCACCCUCAUCUCCUGGACGAAAGGCUUUAAGUGCAGUGACGUGGAAGGGAAGGAUGUGGUACAGCUGCUAAGAGAUGCUAUCAAGCGGCAAGAGCAGAAGUACAGGAUCGAUGUGGUGGCCGUGGUGAAUGACACGGUGGGCACCAUGAUGAGCUGUGGCUCUGAGGAGCUGCCCUGUGAGAUCGGGCUCAUUGUCGACACGGGUACCAACUCCUGCUACAUGGAGGAGGCGCGGCACGUGGCCGGAUUGGAGGAGGAGCAGGAAGGAGGAAAGGUCUGCGUCAACACACAGUGGGGCUCCUUUGGAGACGAUGGAUCGCUGAAGCAGACCUCUUUCGACGUCCAGCUGGACCGGUUCUCCCUGAACCCCGGGAAGCAACGGUUUGAGAAGAUGGUCAGCGGCAUGUACCUGGGCGAGCUGGUCCGUCUGACGCUGGUCCAUCUGGCCGAGAAGGGAGCGCUCUUCGGCGGAAACAUCUCCGAGGCUCUCGAGCAGCGCGACGCCAUCCUCAUCCAGCACGUGGUGAAGAUGGAAGACCCGUCGGCCGGGCCGGCCCAGACGCUGGUCCUCCUGAAGAAGCUGGGGCUGGCGGCCAGCGAGCAGGACUGCAAGCUGGCCCAGCAGGUGUGCAAGGCCGUGUCCACGCGGGCCGCCCGACUCUGCGCCGCGGCCCUGGCAGCCACCCUCAACCGUCUGCAGACCAACCGCGAGCUGCCUCAGCUGCACGUGGCCGUGGCCACUGGUGGGGCCGUGUACCAGCAGCAUCCCAGCUUCAGCCGGAUCCUUCAGGAGACGGUCAAGGCCCUGGUCCCGGCCUGCGACGUGUCCUUUGUGCCCUCGGAGGAUGGCGGUGGGCGCGGGGUGGCGGUGGUGACGGCGGUGGCCUCCCGCCAGGCCAAGCACCGGCGGCUGCUGGCAGAGACCUUGGCCCCGCUGCGGCUGGAGGGGCAUCACCUGCAGGAGCUGCAGGCCCAGAUGCAGAAGGCGAUGGAGCGGGGGCUCCGCGGGGAGCCGUCCUCUCUCCGCAUGCUGCCCACCUUUGUCCGCGCCACGCCCGACGGUUCCGAGCGAGGGGACUUCCUGGCCCUGGAUCUCGGCGGCACCAACUUCCGGGUGCUCCUGGUACAGUUGCGCGCCAGGACGGAGAGCGGCAUCAGUAUCACUAAUGAGGUCUACUCCCUCCCUGAGAACGUGAUCCAGGGCACCGGAGAGCAGCUCUUUGACCACAUUGUGAACUGCAUCGUGGAUUUCCAGAAGAAGAAUGGGCUGGCAGGGAGAGUCUUGCCUCUUGGCUUCACCUUCUCCUUCCCCUGCCAGCAGCUGGGCCUGGACCAGGGCAUCCUCCUGAGCUGGACCAAGGGGUUCAACGCAUCCGACUGUGAGGGCAAGGAUGUGGUCACCCUCCUCCGCCAGGCCAUCGCCCGCAGAAAGGAUGUGCAGCUGAACGUGGUCGCCAUCGUGAACGACACGGUGGGGACCAUGAUGUCCUGUGCCUACGAUGACCUCCGCUGCGAGGUCGGCCUCAUUGUUGGGACCGGCACCAAUGCCUGCUACAUGGAGGAGAUGAAGCACGUCGUGACAGUGCCUGGAGAGGAGGGGCGCAUGUGCAUCAACAUGGAAUGGGGGGCAUUUGGGGACGACGGGGGGCUGGAACACCUCAUCACAGAUUUUGACCGGAUGGUGGACAAGAACUCCAUCAACCCGGGAAAGCAGAAGUUUGAGAAGCUCAUUAGUGGCAUGUUCUUGGGUGAGAUCGUCCGCUCCAUCCUGCUGCAUCUCACCGAGCGCGAGGUCCUGUUUCGGGGCCGCCAGAUCGACCGCCUCCAGACCAAGGAUAUCUUCAAGACCAAGUUCCUGUCGGACAUCGAGAGGGACAGCCUGGCCCUGCGGCAGGUGCGGGCCAUCCUGCUGGAUCUGGGCCUGCAGCUGACCUGCGACGACGCCCUGGUGGUGCGGGAGGUUUGCCAGACCGUGUCCCGGCGGGCCGCCCAGCUUUGCGGGGCCGGCGUGGCAGCUGUUGUGGAGAAAAUCCGCCAGAACCGGGAGCUGGACCAGCUGAAUAUCACCGUGGGUGUGGACGGGACCCUCUACAAGCUCCAUCCUCACUUCUCCAGGCACGUGCAGGAGGUGGUGCGGGAGCUGACACCGCGAUGCACCGUCACCUUCCUUCAGUCGGAAGACGGAUCGGGCAAGGGAGCGGCGCUCAUCACGGCUGUGGCCUGCCGCAUCGCCAACCAGGCUCGACCCUGACCAGCCGGCGCAGGGCCCCUGCGACCCCCCACCCUGGGCCGGGCCGAGGCUGCAGGCCCUGCCUUCUCCGGCCUGACACCCCUGGGAGUCUGCCUGGAGAGAACAGCUGCUAUUUAUUACCCGAUUGGAGCCGCUAGAGUUUAUACUGAUGAAGAAAGCAACAGGAAUCACGUUCACUGGAA